GCAGCUUUCCAUUUAAGUUAACAUACUCAAAAUCUUUAUCAACUUUAAUACGUUUCCGCUUAUCCGCCAUCUUCGCAGGUAGUCACAGGUAGUAACUGCGAGCAAUAUUCUAGAUAGGGUACAACUAGUGAUCUCCAUAGUGUAAGCAUUACAACUGGUUCUCUUGAUUGAAACACUCAAAGGAUCCAGCUUGAAAAUCGUUUUCCUUUUUCUAUAACGUUGUUGAUUAUGAAUCAUGAAGGUACAGUCAGUGCUCAGGAUUACUCCUAAGUCCUUAACAUAAUUCUUGGUUGUUAUAGUUUCUCCGCUUGGAUGGUGACUUGUACUGUAGGAAGAUUGCUUCAGUUCAUGGUUUUUACCAUAUUGUAAUAAUUGAAAUUUUGUUUCAUUAAAAAACAUAUUGUUGUGAUUUGCCCAGGCAUAGACGUGGUUUAGUGACAUUUGAUGAUUCUCUGUUUCGUUAAGGAUGAGUAUUUGUGGAAGCAAGCAAGUGUCAUCUGCAAAACUUGAAAGGAGUGUGCAUUGAUGAAUGCUUUUAUCGAUAUCAUACAUGAGAAUGAUGAAGAGAAGAGGACCUAUAAGACACUCCUGUGGAACACCAGGCAGAACAUGCACUGGUGAAGAGAUGCUGCCAUUUACACAGACCAUUUGAGUCAAUUGUAGCUAUAUAAUUGUUCUUGUGUUGUAUUAGAAUUUUUAUAUGAUUUUUGAAGAUUUUUUUUCGAUUCCCAGAUUUCUAGCAGGGGAGGUGAUUCUUAAGAUCAGUUUAUUGAUCCAAGAUCUUUGUCGCAUCUAAUUUUUUCUUUCUCUUGGUAUUUUCCCAGGAUGAAAAUAAUUUUGGUUUUUGCGAAUUUGUGUAAGGUUUUUAACACAAUCGUAUGAGAUUUUGAGAAAACGCUGGAAUUUGUCUUCUAGGGGUAGUAAAUUAAAUUCCGUAGACCAAUUGAUUCUAGAUUCCAGGAAGCUUGAAUAUAUUUUGGAAGUUUUUCAAAUAUAUUCGUCUGGUAUCAUAUCAAGAAAGCAUGAUUUGUGUGCUUCUUGUCCACAGAUUUCACACGACAAUAAUGAUUGAUCUGUUAGCUUAAUACAAUACUCUUGGUUACAGAUUUGACAUGCAUCUGUUGUAAGGCGUUGGACAGACAAGAACACUUGUGUAUGUUGUUGAAUAUAUUAUAUAGCUCCUCACUUGUUACAUGUCUCUUGCCUACUGAUACAAGCUUGCACACCCACUGACCAUACCUGGACUCUCCAUCCUACAGCUAAAGGAGGGUCUUGACUAGAGCCCAGGUGGUCAGGGGAAAGUACAGGACAGAACAGAUAGAUAGAUAGAUAGAUAGAUGUGCAUAUUUUACAUGGCUAGCCUCACAAAUAUCGAGGGAUAUACCCUGUCUAUUAUUUCCUGGAGGGGCAAUGGCUUAGAUGGAGAGUCCUAGAGUAUUUAAUGCUCAUUUUGAGCGACGCAGACCCAAUUAGGGCCCGCGCUCUACUACUACCAGAGCAUGUUGCAUGAAAAGGUAAUCAUAGGUUUCAAUAAGAACGGGUUUAUUGCACUUCUGGUUAAAGAGCUUUUCAAUUUGAGUUGUGUGUUUUAAGGGAUCAUAAAGUCUUAGACAAUUUCUUACAUUAUGGUACAAGGAGCGUUUGCACAAAGUUCAGCUAAAACAUCCCCUUGCUUCUUAGUAAUUGAAUUCUCUUGUAAAACAGUGUUUGUUUAGAGCAAAACUGCUAACUUUUGAGAAGACAUUCUUUUAAAACGGAAAGCAGGAACAAUAAAUAACAAAUGCAACUAUGAAAGAAUUUGGGAAGCAAGUAUAACAAGUUUUACGUAUAUACCUGUUCGACUGCCCAUAUAAUUAUCCAAAUUAAUAUGUGCAGCCGGUCCUAGGUGUAUCACUCAUAAAAUCAAUCUGUUCUUUGUCUUGAUUCAAGAAAUAUUGAUAACAAUUCGGAUUUCAAGUUCCAAGUUUCAUACACAAUAAGUGUAUCACUCAUAAAAUCAAUCUGUUCUUUGUCUUGAUUCAAGAAAUAUUGAUAACAAUUCGGAUUUCAAGUUCCAAUUUCAUACACAAUAAGUGUAUCACUCAUAAAAUCAAUCUGUUCUUUGUCUUGAUUCAAGAAAUAUUGAUAACAAUUCGGAUUUCAAGUUCCAAUUUCAUACACAAUAACCGGUAUAAAUAGCCUUUGACCUUACAAGUGUAUUAGUAUAUUAUACAUCUAUAUAUAUAUCCCUUAAACUGUGCAAAAUAUAUGAUUACAUUGUAACUUUCUUCUAUAUAUGUGAAUGUUUUAUGAAAAUGUUGAUGGAAUUAAUAUUUGGAAUUAAUUUUUUAAAGCAUCUUAGGUAACCUUCAAAAAACAUUAUCUAUAUAUAAAAAAAUUAAAAAAAAAUCUCUCAAAAAACUAAUGAAACAAAUAAUCAAUGUUUAUCAAUAUUCUAAAUGUAGUGGAAUAUGAACAUUAUACGGAAUGAAGUUCAACUCAAAAAAGAACAACGUGAGCGAGAGCAUCUUAAAAAGUUAAGAAAAGAAGGAAAAGUACUUGAACAAUUGGAAAAAGAAAAAGACAAGACAAAAGAAGUAACAAUAUGCAGAACUACCACUGAUAUACAGAAACGGAAAUUAGAUAAGUUAAUGAGUGACCCAAUGAAAGAGGCAUAUAUCCCAGAACCACGAAAAGAGUGGAAACCAAGGGAAGCACCCGAAUUUGUUAGACAUGUAAUGGGUUCUAGUGCUGGUGCUGGUAGUGGAGAAUUUCAUGUUUAUAGAGGAAUACGAAAACGUGAAAGAAAACGACAGGAAUAUUUGGAAAAAAAAUCUGUUAAGACUGAAUUGGAUGAGAAAUUUAAUGAAAAAAUGAUACAAAACAAACUUCAAGCAGAAGAAGCAACUGCAAAGAAACGAGCUAAAAGAAACAAAAAGAAACAAAAGAAAUUGUUAGCCAAAACAAAUGUUAAAAAUGAGCAAGACAAGAAAGAUGAAUUGCCUUCUUCAAGUGAUGAAAAUAUGCAGGAGGGAGAGGAUGAGGAACCACAUUUUGUAAUCGGUGGAAAGUAGGAUGGAAUGGCUUGGAAAAAAUAACAACAGCUGGAAUGAUGACCAUGUGUCAGCUACCAAAUUACAGCUUACAAUAUAUACGCAACACAACCUCAUAACUAGUACUUCUGUUUAGUUGAAGAUGUUAUAAAUGGCGUUAAAUAUAGACACUUAAAAUAUGUUAAACAUAAAAGAAUGAAAUAAAAAGUGCUAAACAUUGAAACACAUGCACUAAUGCAUUCCCAAAUAUUUCCUACAAAGACGACACUUAUUUUAAUAAUUUCCUGUAUAUCGAGUUUUUCUUCCUUUUGAUGCAGUUGUAUUUUUAUGACGGUUUUCACUCAAAAAUCGUAUUUUACAGUGCUUA